UUCUUAAACAAGAAUAUAAAAUAGGUGAAACACAAUUAAAUGAUGCAUUACGUUUAGCUAUAAGAGUAUUUAGUAAAACUCUUGAUACAACUAAAUUAACACCGGAAAAAAUUGAAAUAGCUGUUUUACAACAUGAUGAUACAACAAAUCAAACAACAAUUCGAAUGUUAAAAGAUGACGAAUUAACAAUAUUAAUUAAACAAUAUGAAGAUGAACAAAGUAAAUUAGAAGCAGAUAGACAAAAACAACAACAGGCAACAUCAGCUGCUGAAAAAGAUAAAAAGUAA